CAUGUUACCAUAGUCACCAGUGUUUGCAUUAGUUGUUAAGUUAGCCUCUCUCUCUUUCUCUCUCUGUGUGUGUGGUGUAUUGGUGAAACUACUCAGAGAACUCACUGGACCAAAAUUUCAAACUUUCUUAAAAUGGUUAAAGGAGGAAAGCGUUAUUUUUCAAUGAGCAAUGAUUGCAAAUGGUUUGCUCAUCCAGAUUUACCAAGAAAUGAGACAAGGAAUCGAGAGACUUGUACAAGCACUGGGCUCAUGCUGACUCAGGUUAAAUCAUCACUGCCUCAGGCUUUAAACUUUGAGCGCUAUCCUAAAUGGAAAACUCAGCAGAAGUCCAGAGAGUAUCCAUUCUCAGACCAUGACAACAAGCGUGCCUUUAAAGACAAUAUCACAGUUUUCACUCAAGGUGUGGGACGCAGAAAGUGUCUUGAUGACUACAGACAGCACAACUCCCACUUCUGCCUCUGCCAUGAUGGAGCUGACGGCAGUGCUGAAGACACCAGGACGGACCUCGCGGCCUACCGGACUGACUUCAUGGUGGAGCAGGCUGUUAAUGUUCCAACCAACACCAGACGGUUCCCACGCAACCACAAGAGAAAGUCUGAAGAGGCAGCUUUGGCACAGGCAGGGGAGCAGUUCAUGUGGUUCGGACGACACGACUCUCACCUCUCGGAGACCCUGGAAGUGCUGGCAGCUACCAACUGCCCAGCAUCUUCCAAUACUCCUACGUUAAAGCAUUAGGUGGCGUCAUUGAGAGAACAUAGCUUAAAGAGAGGGUCAGAUGAACUUUUGUGAAGGUCCAGCUGUCAAAUAAAGAACUUAAUUAGAAAAAUCC